GUCAGACAUUCAAAGUAACAUCACAGGAAGCUACAAAGCUGAGCCUGGCAUUCUCAAGGUCUCCGCUGACUUCUGUGGAGGAUUGCCGGAAGCUGAGUGAAGAUGUCCAAAAUGCCAUUCUUGCAGUUGCCACAGUGUACCACUGGCUCCCCAAGAGCCAAGGUACUACUCUUCGGAAGAUGGUACGAGAUGCUACUACUGAAGUAGUGGAAGGAAUGAUCCAGCUCACAGAAACAAUUCUUAGUGCUCCAUUGGAGAGCUUAUCUCGGGAACAGCUUAUAUCAACAGGUGGUGUGUGGGAAGCAUGUGAGCAAGUGACCGACCUGCCGCGAGAUAACCAGGCAGCAGUUGUGUCAGCUGUGGCUGCAUGUCUAGGUGUGGUCAAGGAUGCUCUGGAGGAGAUGGAACACGCUCUGGUGGAAGGGCAAGACCCCUACAGUGACAUCAUGGAAGAUGAAGAUCUGGGCUUUCGGGGCAACAGAGAUACGUAUUGGUCAGAAGCUGAUCGGAAGCUGCUUAACUCCUGCAUGGGAUUAAUGAAGGCUUCUAAAGCUUGCCUGAAGAAGGUCUUGGGUGUAGUGAAGGCUUAUGGCAAAGCUGAUUUUCCAGAGCAGAUCGCGCAGCUGGAUGAUCUUGCAGACAUUGCUAAUGAGAUCAGUCCAAGUGUUGAUGAGCUGGCACUGAGCAUGUAUCCACCUGUGAACCAGCUGGCUGUGCGACUCAAUGCUGCUAAGUUGGCCUCAGUAUUAAAGAAAGUCUUAGAGAUUACAAAGACAAGCCAUGUAUGUCCACCAUCAGAGGAAGGCUGGGUGCAGUUUCUAACUGAUGCAGUAGAUCACAACAUGAACAAAAUCAAGACCUUCACACAGGGUCAAAUUUAGCUCUUCUGUGUCUACAUGUGUUGCUGCCACUGGCUCUGCCCUAUGCUUUUCCAGUGAAUCUCACUGUUCUCCAGCUGCUGGAAGAACAAUGAGAACAAUGCUCUUAGGAGAGAACUUUACUGCCACUUGGUAAAACUUUCCCAGGAAGUUGCUCUUUUCUGUUGCAGAAGGUGUCAUUUUGCUUGGAUUCCUGGAGUGGUGCAGUGCUGCAUCUUAAUGCUGUCAAUGUGUCUGACUCUCCCACUCUUCAGACAUUACGUCUACUAUGGGGUUCAAAGAACAAUAAAAUAUUGCUAGAUUU